CUCUCUUAUAAAACCUUUUUAUCUCUUUUUUCUCACCAUUUGGUUUUUUUAUUAGUAAUUCUUAAAAAAACUUUCUUCUAUUAUUUAAAUUUGUACGUAUACUAUCAUACAUCAAACCACCACCGUCAAGUUUAUUCAUUUUGUUAUCGUUAAUAUUUAAAGAAGAAGGAUACGAUAAACGUAGUCCUCGAAACAAUAAAAGCAUGAUGCACAGCCUGAUGGGGAAUAAACACCCAAACAUAAGCUUUAAUAUUUUAUUCUAUCCGCAAUACCAAAACGACGAUGGACAAGUAGUUUGUCAUCCUGGUUCAGUAUUUGAAGGCGUUGUCCAAAUAAAAGUAACCGAACCUAUGCCUGUGCAUCACAUUAAACUAGUUUUUAAAGCAUCAGAAAGAGUCAACUAUGAUGCCAUGGGGUGGGAGAAGACCAAAAACUCUGAUGACAGACUUUUUGCAGUAAGAACUGUCUUGUGGGGUUUACCAACAGGAAUAAACAUACCCGUAGACGCAUGGCCUGUUUUAGACGUGGGAGAACAUAAUUUUCCUUUUGUUUGUCAAAUGCCAGUAAUUAAUUUCCCACCUACCUUUCAACAUCAUCUUAUUGCUACCGCAUUUCAAUUAAUAGUUUCAGUGACCAAAGCAGGAGAAUCAUUACCAAUUUUAUCGAAACCUGCAACAGUUUGCUUUCAGCCAAUUAUCGAGACUAUCCCUGUAAAAAAUCUGUAUGCGUUUACAGAAGAGACGAAGGUAUCCAGUAAUAUAUCAGCCGUUGUGACAGUCCCUCGCUUGGCUUACAACAUUAAUGAUAAGAAUCAAUCUAUCUCUGUGGUAGUUCAAUUUCAGUCUGUCAGUAGUAGUCAAGAUAAUGUGUCGGUAUCCCAGCUUCGUGUGCAAAUCAAGAGAUAUUACAGUAUCAAUUACAAAACCUUUUCAAGAAACGAAACUACCGUCAUUGCACAGCAUGAUCAUCCUCGGGUAACAAGUGCGGGAACAGUAUCAAUCAAUCUAGAUUUACCAAAUUCUCCUGACGAAUUGCCUUCUACGCUGACCUACUCACCGCAUUUGACAGUUGAAUAUAAGCUUGUGGUAACUGCCAAAGUUCGUCAUGGGCUGAUGAGCUUCAGAAAGAGAUUAUUUGAAAUGCCAGUUAUAUUUGGAACAUUGCCAGCUGGUACCAAAGCACCCCGUCAAUUGGAACCUUAUUCCGACAUUGUCGAUAAUCGUUCCAUCAUGCAUUCAAAACCGGCUUUCUUACGCCCCGAGCCAAAAGCAGAGGACGAUAGCGAAUUCUUGCCUGCUUAUGGUGAUGAUCGACCACCUGCUUACAAUAAUAAUGCAAGUAGCAGCAUGAGAAUAGUUGAAAUUACUAGCUAGACAAUGAUACCUUCCCCUUUUUUCUUUAUAACCCUGUCUAACACAGUUGUAUAUAUAUUUAUCUUUUUUUUUACACACCCCUAUUUUUAAAAUUGAUAUCGCACAAUUUAAUAAACCGUUGAUGCCAAUU